UCUUUCCAUGCACUGGCAUUUGUCUCGCAAGACUGGUGAGAUGCUGAGGAUAAUGGAUAGGGGUACUUCAAGCGUUUCUUCCGUGCUAAAUUAUCUAAUCUUCAAUAUACUUCCUACUUUGAUCGACAUUCUUAUUGGUGUCAUAUUCUUCCUGACUGCAUUCAAUAUUUGGUACGCUCUCCUGUCGUGCUCUUUGCUAAACUUUUUAUCUCCUGAUCCCAAAGUGCCUCUUCGAUCUUUGGGACUACACGCUUUUUUUAUUUCUCCGGCAUUAGGCAAGGGCCAGUCAUCAGAUCAACAUAUGGAUGCGUCUCUGGAAGUAAAGGAC